AUGUCCUUCUCCAGCCUUGUCCAGGACCUGUCCAUUCGCGACGCCAACGGCAACCCCCGCCGCCGCGCCGAGGUCUCCUUUGACGACUCCGCCUCGCGCUCCUCCCACGUCUCCCGCGCCAUGUCCUACACCAGCACCGCCGCCACCAGCGUCAGCAUCUCUGGCGAGAUCUCCAGCCAGCUGCAUGGAGGCUACAGCCACCCCCUCGCGCGCGCGUGGCAGGCCGAGCGCCAGCUCACCAAGUCCAUGCUCAUCUACCCUCUCUUCGUGUCCGACCAAGACGACGAGGACACCCCCAUUGCCGCCCUGCCGGGGCAGCGCCGCUUCGGCCUGAACCGCCUCGUUCCCUUCCUUGAGCCUCUCGUGCACAAGGGCCUGCGCUCCGUCAUUCUCUUCGGCGUGCCCCUGAAGCCCGGCACCAAGGACCAGCUCGGCACCGCCGCCGACGACCCAGAGGGCCCUGUCGUCCGCAGCAUCCGUCUCCUGCGCCAGCGCUUCCCUCAGCUGUACAUUACCGCCGACGUCUGCCUCUGCGAGUACACCUCGCACGGCCACUGCGGCAUCCUGCGCGACGACGGCAGCCUCAACAACGCCAUGUCCGUCGACCGUAUCUCGGACGUCGCCGUUGCCUAUGCCCAGGCCGGCGCGCACUGCGUGGCCCCCUCCGACAUGAACGACGGCCGCAUCCGCGCCAUCAAGCUCAAGCUCAUCGAGGAGGGCCUGUCGCACCGCACCAUGCUCAUGUCCUACGCCGCCAAGUUCUCCGGCUGCCUGUACGGCCCCUUCCGCGAGGCGGCGGGCUCCUGCCCGUCCUUUGGCGACCGCAAGUGCUACCAGCUGCCGCCGGGCGGCCGCGGCCUGGCUCGCCGUGCCAUUGUGCGCGACAUCAACGAGGGUGCCGACGUCAUCAUGGUCAAGCCGGCCGGCCAGUACUUGGACAUUAUCAGCGACGCCAAGGAACUCGGCAGAGACCUGCCCAUUGCCGCCUACCAGGUCAGCGGCGAGUUUGCCAUGCUGCACGCCGCUGCCAAAGCGGGUGUCUUUGACCUCAAGACGGCCGCCCUCGAGGCCCACGACAGCAUCCUCCGUGCGGGUGCCACCAUCAUUAUCAGCUACUUCACGCCGGAGCUGCUUGACUGGCUGGACUAA